AUGCCUUUCAAAAGGAAAGAUGAGGUAAAAUGUGAAAGUGAACGGAAGAGAGCCAUGACUGAAAAACAUACUGAUGAAGUAGAUACUGGUUUUGGUGCGAGUGGAACACCUCCUGACCAAAAGGAGAUAGAAACUUCAAAUCCAUUGCUGAAACAUUUGGUUUUCAGUUUUUUAGAUGCUGAAAACACUAGGGAUCUAAAUAAGUCAGAGACGUUGAGUUUGCUUGAGAAAGCGAAAAAUACCGAUUAUUCUACAUGUGAUUGUUUUCUGUUCGCGAUUAGUACACACGGACUGGAGCAGAAGAACGCUACGAAAGGUGGUCUUGUUGAACACGCCCUAGUAUGUGCAGAUGACGAGCUUAUUUUCACCAGCACAAUAAUUGAAACGUUUAAUGACAAAAAUUGUCCGGGUUUGAAAGGGAAGCCGAAAAUAUUCAUUAUCCAGGCCUGCAGAGGGAAAAAUGUAGACCCCGGAUUCGACAUCAGUGUUUCCAUGGACAAUGGCGGAUCAAGUAUCACAGUGAAAGACAAGAAAGAUAAUUUUACUCCCGUACCAUCUGACAUGUCUGACACAAAAGCUGAACAGGAUACUUGGAUUACAACAGCGUCAUCUUUGAAAUGUUACGUGGAUAUGCUGGUGAUGUAUGCAAUACCACCUGGCAUGUUUGCAUGGAGAAAUACGGACGAGGGUUCCUGGAUGAUACACUAUCUACACGAGGUACUUUUGGAUGAAUACAAGGGAUCAAAAUCUCCAAUAAGCUUUCUUGCCGUUCUGACUGGGGUUUCUGCAAGAAUGUCACGCCGAACAACAAACACGUCAAAGCCAGAAUGGAAUGAAAAGAAAGCAGUUCCUGUGAUUGAACACAUGCUGACAAGGAAAAUUUUGUUUUCAAAGAAGAUUUAACUUUUAUCAGAUCGUCAUAGAGAAAAUACGCAAACUUUAGAACUCCUUACUUUAAGAUUAUAACAAUCUGGACUAUUUUCGGAACAACCAUUAUUGAAGCAAAUAUUGAAGAAAACAUAGAGGCAAAUGUGCUCUUGUUAUAAAGAAUUCAAAUAUAUCAAUAAUCAAGUUCAAAAUCAAUAACAAGGAACCCCAUGAAAAAAUAGAUAUUAAUUAGGUGACUUGUCCCAGUUGUGUGGAUGGAAAUAUAUUAGCAAGGGACAUAAGCCCUUGCCACGAAUUUUCUAUAUCUUGCCAAAGAAGAUCAUCUUAAGCUGCGUGUGGUUCAAAAAUAUACUUGAAACAAAUAUUAUUUUGGAGAAGCUAUAUUUAAAUUUAUUUUGAUUUUAUUAAUGUAACUGGAAUUUGAUCAAAUCAUAUUCAUAACAUUUAUGUACAUUUUCUUUUCUUAGCCCGCCCGCUUAGCUCAAUAGGGAGAGCGCUGAUCUACAGAUCGUGGAGCCAUGAGUUUGAUCCCCGGACGGGGCGUAUUUUCCCCGCGACGAUUUGAUAAAAGACAUUGUAUCCAUUCGUCCUCUACCUUUGAUUCAUAUGGGGAAGUCGGCAACAAGUUUGUACUGACACAGAAUCUAUUAACACUUGUUAAGUUAACUGCCCGUUGUUAAAUAACUGACAUACUGUUGAAAAACGGCGUUAAACCAAACACAAACUAACAAACAAAUAAAAAAAAAAAAAACAAAAAA